AUGAAAAGCCCCCCACAGAAGGGAAGCGUUCAACAUGUAACAGGUUUCGACUUGCCUGUGUCCACCAAAUGGAGGCUGCAAGCACCAGCCCUGCAGUUUUAUACCUCCCACCUCCCAGGCAAAGUUGCUAGUGUGCUCACGAAGAAGCCCAAGCUGACUGCUGCUCUCGCUGAAAGGAAAAGCCUGUCCAACAUGAAAUUGCUCUUUGGACUUAUUUUGGUUUUGGUAUCAAUAAAGCUUUCCAGGUUCCAGUGUGUCCUUGAAAAGGAGUACUUCUGCUCUUCCAUUCCAAAUGGUUUCCCAGAAGGGUUGACCUCCAUUCUCUUUGUGGUGACCAACAUCGGGAUUCUCAACUCCACGGUCUUCAGUAGCCCCAGCUUGGCAUCAGUGUCCAGCCUCGCCCUAGCAAACAGCGGCAUAACGAAAAUCAAACCGGGAGCAUUCAGCAUUUUCCAAAACCUCCGCAAACUAAGUUUAUACCAGAACAGUGUGACUGAGGUUACAGCCUCCUGGCUUUCCAACCCUGGGCAUCUAGAAAACCUGACAGUGGCUCAGAACCUCAUUGCCAGUAUAGGACCAAAGGACUUUUCAGGGUUUUCCAACCUUACAUCGCUGAACUUAGCAAACAAUCAGAUCUAUCAGAUAUCUAGCAAGAGUUUUAAGGACCUGACCAAACUAACGCUGCUUGACCUGUCUGGCAAUAAGUUAACAACUUUAGCAAGAGAUGUAUUUGAUGGGCUGAUGCUCCCAGUGUUGAAGCUUGGUGGAAAUCCAUGGAACUGCUCCUGUCAACUUCAGGAUUUUGGAUUAUUCCUGCAAGAGUUGAUCAACGCGUCACUGCUUGAAGAUGCUGCCUCUGUCAUUUGCCGAAGUCCACCAAACCUAGAAGGGAUUCCUGUCUGGAACAUCUCUGACUUGAACUGCCUGCCAGACUUCUUUUCAUCAGCCUUUGAGAACAGCUUCCAUAAAGUUGGACUACCAGCUUUGCUGGUAUGUUUAGUGUUGAUUUCGUUCAUUCUGAUGCUGCUUUUGAUCUGGAUGGUGAAACGCAGUAAUCAACAAAUCCAGCCAAGCAAAGAAGCGACUGAUCUAACCACCAAUGGUCAGCCAUCUGACUGUGUUGAUUCCAUGGCUGAACACAGACUGACUGAUGGAAAGAUCAGAAUCACAGAGACAGGGGUGAUGUCUCACUCUAGGUUGGUGAGAGUUCGUGCCAAGUCUGCCUCAGCCAUAUUGUUGCAGGCAGAGUUCUGCCCCAGACCGUGUCAGGCCACCAAUCUGGCUGAUGAAAAGCAAGGGCAUCUCACAACUCCCUUCACACUGUUAAAUGAAAAAAUGCACGUGAGAAGUGAGGACCUGUGCAACUUUAUGGAACUGUGGUAUUACCACAAGCUAGAAACAGACAACAGAAAGGAAUUUCAGAGGCAUUGCAAUGUGAGCUCAUUCCCGACUGAAGUAUAUAUAGAAACUCCAGAUAUGAAAGUUACUUCAGAAGUGGCAACAAAAAGUUUGCAGGAAAAUUGUAUUUUGGGAGCAUCUGAGAAUGAUGAUAGUAAAGGCUGUGACAGUGUUGAAAAUCCCGAACCCUUCUUAUAUUUAAGUGUUGCUACGACAACAGUUGAAGAGCAAAUUGAUGCCCCACCUAAAAAAGAUGUGGUUAUAAAAGCAGGUGGAAACUGCUCAGUUUCUUUGAAGCGCGCUUUGACAUGGCCUUAUGAGAUAAAAUGUUUGGGGCAGAGGUCUAAUGUGUUAAGUAUUAGAGAAUCAUUUAAAGGACAGUUCCUCCUGCCUACUCUCAACCUUGAAGAGAAACUGGAUGUUGGGAGUUCAGAAUUUCAGGAAGAGUGGCUAGAGGUUCAUCCCAGGAAGGCAUGUCAGCCAUUCGAUAAGGGUCAGCUUGAAUUAAACCAAGAGGCAAAUCUAGCCAAGGAAACAGAGUUUCCAUAUCAGCAAGAAUCAAGGGCCGAAAUUGCCUUAGAGCCAACAGAUGUUGGAAAAUCUGAAUUCACUGUAGAUCUACAAAGACAGCAUGAUCUGAGCACAUGCCCCAAAGAGGGUGAUCACAUAGUCAGUGGCAGAACUGAAUUAAAGACAGAGGUAAAACAAGCUAACCAACCCGAGUUUUCACUUCAGCCAGAAUCAAAUGCAGCAGUUGCCUCACAGUCUGGACUCAAAACAAUGAGGGGCCCCACAGCUGUGAAAAGGAAACAGUCAUCUAAACCAGUAUCUGCUCAAUCUAAAGUCCGCCAGGAAAGUCAUCCCUCUCCGCUCUCAUCAGCUGAUGUUGCUUCCACUAGUCUGCCCCGGUAUGAUGAGAUCUCACUUGAAAACGACGAGUAUAACUAUGCCAGCCUCCUGCAUGAAGUUGUGGAGAAUCGUGGGAGGUGGACCAGGGAAAGAUGGAGACAGACCCACAGGAAACGUUCAGUGAAUCAGCCCCCAACCAAAUCCAAGUAGAUCACAUCAGACUCCAGUUUAAUGCUUUGUACAUUCAUCUUUGCAGUAAAAAGAGAGAGGGGAGUUGUAUCUAUCUAAGUUCUACUGAGAGUAAACCUACUGGAAUUAAUAUUCGUUAGCCAUAAUCAUUAAUUUCAAAUCGGUCUAGAACUAAUGUUGGAUACAAUUAUAUCAAUCAAUCAAUCAAUCAAUCAAUCAAUCAAUAUAAUCUGCAUAGCAAGAAGAUGAAUAUGACCAUUGGGGUCCCUUCCAACUGUACAAUUCUAUGAUUCAAUGACAUAUAUAUAUAUAUAUAUAUAUAUAUAUAUAUAUAUAUAUGAGAAACAGGAUUAGUGGACAGUGUUGAUCUGGCACUGGUAAAAGAGGAUGCUUCCUGUGGUUUCAUGGAAAAGAGGGCUUCGGAAGCUACACACAAUUCCUCACAAUGCCAUUCUAGAAUAUCUUGGAGGCAUUCUGCAAGCCAUGUUCUUGAUGGUGAGACGUCCUAUGCUGAGCACCUUCAAUGCAACUUUCAUGAUGUUUCUUGUGAUGUGGCUUUUUGGCAGGCUCAAUUUUUCAUCAUGCAUCCUUCCAAAAUUACCCUCAGAAUGGACAGUGAGGUUUGGCCAACCUCAACAUUACUAAAAUAAGUUUUAUGGGGCAUGCUAGACUUCCCCCUUGGUGUGUUGAAUGUGGUUGGUGUUCCUGCCUGCCCCUUGCAAUGGCCAUCAGUGGGGGUUUGGCAGGGGGAGGGCUUGCAGACAAGGCACUGUGACUAGACUCCUCUGAACAGCGGAGUCUGUGUUUGUGAGAUCAGCACAGUGGUGGGUAUCUGCUAAUUCAAAUCACUCAUGCAAAUCUGAGCUAUGUACCUAAUAUAAUAUCCUCUUGGAUAUUGAACUUAGUUAAUGUUAUGCCCAGUGCUGCUAUCAAUGGCAGUUUCUCUCCAAGCGCUUCUGGAGUGAGAAAGCAUUUCACCAGGGCUGCAGCAUGGUAGGUGGUGGUGCAAAUGGUUAACUCCCUCCCCCUGAGUACUGGGGUCCAGGUCCUGAUAGUCUUUCCUUCAAGGCUCCUAUUUAAGUUUUAAAAAACAGGUACAUGAAACAGUUAUGUGAUUAAUUCCUGAAGUUUAUAUCCCCAAACCAGGAAAUACAGGGUUUAGCAGAGGUUGUUGGGUGUGUGUUUUUUUUAAGUUGACUAUUGGAAACAUAAA